GAUUAUAGAAGAAAAACUCUUAGUUAUUCCGAAACACUCAGCCAUAUUGUGUGGUUACUUAAGAUCGAGUUCAAGAAUUACGGAAAUAAAAAAAGCAAAAAAAAAAAAAAAAAGUGAAGAAUGUUCUUAGCAAUUUUUAUAAUUUUUAUUAGCGCCCUCUUGCUCUGGGAUUAUUUAUCAGUAAAGCGACGUAAUGAUAUGUUGCAUUAUAUGCCCGGACCAAGAGCUUUGCCAUUUGUCGGUAAUGCGCUUAUGUAUCGCGGGCAAACUCAAGAAGAAAUUUCAAAACUUAUUCAACGCAACAGGAAAAAAUACGGUCCCCUGUAUAGGGUAUGGGUUCUGCGACAACUUGCAGUUUUCUCGUGUGAUCCGAAAGACUAUGAGGCAGUGUUAAACUCAACGGAAUAUUUAACUAAAAAUAAUUUAUACGAUUUAUUGUAUGGUUGGCUGGGUACGGGUCUAUUAAUGAGCGACGGUAAAAAAUGGCAUUCCCGAAGGAAAAUUAUAACGCCAGCGUUUCAUUUUAAAAUAUUGGAAGAUUUCGUUGAAGUAUUCGAUCAACAAAGCGGAGUGAUGGUGAAAAAUUUAUUAUCCAAAGCUGAUGGUAAAACGCCAAUUAAUAUGUAUCCAGUGGUAUGCUUGGCAGCAUUAGAUAUAAUAGCCGAAACGGCAAUGGGCGUGAAAAUCAACGCUCAACAAAAUCCACAAUUUCCGUAUGUGCAGGCAGUUCAAUGCGCAAGCGAUAUCAUUUCAAAACGUUUCGUUAAGGUGUGGCUACGUGUCAAUUGGAUUUUCCGUUUACUCGCUCCUCACGACUAUAGACGUUUAAUGGAAAGCAUUCGGUUGAUGCAUGAGUUUACUGAGAAAAUUAUUAUGGAGAGACGCAAAACUUUACAAGAAAAUUUAAAAAAGGACUCAUACGGAGCACUCAACCAAGUCGACGAACUGGGACAAAAGAAACGCAUGGCAUUGCUGGAUGUUCUCUUGCAAUCGACCGAAAAUGGUGUCGGAUUAAGUAAUGAAGAUAUACGCGAAGAGGUUGACACUUUCAUGUUUGAAGGUCACGAUACCACUACGAGUGCAAUUUCGUUUGCAUUAUGCUUGAUUUCACGUCAUCCCGAAGUGCAGCAAAAACUUUUCGAUGAAAUACGUUCGGUGUUCGGGGUUGAUAAAGAUCGUUCGGUGACAAUUCGAGAUUUAGGUGAAUUGAAAUAUUUGGAAUGCGUUAUUAAGGAAUCGAUGCGUCUAUAUCCUCCAGUACAGAUGAUAGGUCGCUAUUUCAACGAAGAUGUGGAAAUACGUGGUAAACGUAUACCGGCGAAUACUAAUUUCACAUUAGGAAUUUUCAUUAUUCUACGUGAUCCCAAUUAUUUCGAGGAUCCAGAUGUUUUCAAACCCGAACGCUUUAUGGCCGAAAAUAUACAUAAAAUUUAUCCUUACGCCUAUAUUCCUUUCUCGGCCGGGCCACGCAAUUGUAUUGGUCAAAAAUUUGCUCUCUUGGAAAUGAAAAGCACAAUAAGUAAAAUGUUACGUCACUUUGAAUUAUUACCCCUGGGUCCCGAAGUGCGUCCUUUACUAAAUUUAGUAUUACGUUCAGUAAAUGGCUGCCAUAUUGGAUUAAGACCGAGAAUAUUGCAAGGGAGCAUAAUGCUUUUGGAAAUAAUUUUAUUUGUAACCAUUCUGGUUACGUGGGACUAUUAUAAACGUUCGGUGGCAACAAAAACUUUAAAAAACAUACCUAUAGUUUCCCGGAUACCAUUUAUUGGGUCUUUUUUAAUUUUGGGUACCAUGCAUCCGGACAAUUUUCAUAUACGAUGGCCUCAGUUUGUGCAACGCUAUGGUAAAACAUUCUAUUCGCGUAUUAUAGGCCAAACGGUAGUUGUCACAGUGGAUCAUCGUUUAGUCGAUGCUUUGCUUAGCAGUCGUCAGCAUUUAAGUAAACAUUUUGUCUAUCACUUUCUAAAAGAUUGGUUGGGCUCCGGUUUACUAUUGAGCAGUGGUCAGAUUUGGCAGCAAAUGCGUAAAAUUAUAACGCCAACCUUUCAUUUUCAGAUAUUAGAACAGUUUAUAGAAAUAUUUAAUCAUCAAGCAGAUACAUUUAUUAAUACACUUGAAAAAUUUGCUGACGGUAAGCAAUAUGUGAACAUCUACGACGCGGUGAGUCUAUUAACGCUGGACAAUAUAGCGGAAGCUGCCAUGGGUGUUUCUAUAAAUGCUCAAUUGAAUUUUAAAAUGGACUUUGUAAAGGCAGUUAAAGUAGUAACCGAUAUAAUAUCAGAUGGCUUUGUACGUCCACAUUUGGGAAUUCCUUGGUUAAGACGGUUAACGUCUCCACGCUUGCAUAAAGCUCGUGCGGAUAGUGUGAGAAUUAUUCACCAAUUUACAGAGCGAAUUAUACGAGAACGUCAAGACUUCUUGUUAGAAAAUUCCCAUUUAGAGAGGAAGGUCUCACAAACUGAUAACGAUUUGCAUCUUAAGAAACGUUCUGCUCUGUUGGAUGUUUUAUUAACAUCUCUUGAUGUAAAUGGUCAACCUUUAACGGAUAAGCAGAUACGCGAUGAGGUGAAUACGUUCUUAUUCGAAGGUCACGAUACUACUAGCAGCGCUAUCUCUUUCUGCUUAUACGCGUUAUCUCGCCAUGCCAAUGAACAGCAAAAGUUAUUUGAAGAGUUGCACAGCUACUUCGGGGAUGAUUUACAACGUCCAUUAAACUACAAUGAUUUGCAACAGUUGCCGUAUUUAAAUUGUGUUAUUAAAGAAUCGCUUAGACUUUAUCCGCCCAUUUCGGCAAUUGGGCGGAUGUUAGAUUCUUCUUUGGAAAUGGACGAUUACACAUUGCUAACUGGAACCAAUGUUAUUAUAUUACUUCGGGAAAUGUUACGAGACCCACAUGUUUUUUCCAAUCCGCAAAAUUUUCAACCCGAACGUCAUUUUACUUUAACGACGGAGUCAACUGCCUAUAGUAAUAUACCGUUUAGUGCCGGCCCUCGUAAUUGUAUUGGUCAACGUUUCGCUUUAAAUGAAAUUCGUGUAAUCCUAAUUAAAGUUUUACGCCAUUACGAGCUAUUACCUAUCGGUCCAGAGGCCCAGCCUUCCAUAAAAUUGAUUUUACGAUCUACAACCGGUAUUAACAUAGGUCUUAGGCCAAGACAUUACGUGUAA